CGAGGACCCCGUGAGCCAAUCCGCGCUGGCCGGAGGCGGGUCGUGUGCGUGCGGACUGUUGUGGAAAUGGAAAAAUGGACAGUUUCAGACACACCACCACGCUCAUCAAUGACACGAGCAGGUUGGAGAGGCUGCACAGUUUCUAACAGUGAAUGCGCGGGGAUCUGAUGGUGGAUGGAGGUUUGAAAACAAGCGAGGAGAGGUGAGGGGAGCAGCGGGGAAAGGAAAGACGAGCGGCGUGACGGUGCGGACGCGGAGUCGGCAUCAUGAAGCAGCAUCGCCCCCGAAACUCAAACGAAAACACCCUCCGAAAAUCUCCAACUAUCACUCUCCUCAGCGCGGGACAGGAGAAGAGAAGGAUAUCAGAGCCGCAAGUUACUGCAAUUUUUUUGAAACUCAGCGGUCGAUGGGAAAUUCAGGAGUAGAGUAGCAUAUUAGGACUUGGACUGUAGCAUCUUGAGAUAUCUUUUUUUUUUUUUUUGAUUGGCGAGACUUGAGACAGGCCGAGGAAUAUGUCUACCUCAAAAAGUAUCUAGUGAAUUGUCGAUAAAGAAGACAAAAGUUCAGUGAACGUUUGAGUACUUGGAGAACUGGACCAUCUUACGAUCUUUCUUUGCGAGUUUCAUGUACAGAGAUGGAUUCUUGAACAAAAAUCUUGGAGAGUUCUCAGGUGGGGAGUCCAUGGAGGUGACCGAAGGAGACUGAAAUUCCGAAACCUUUUUUUUUUUUGGGACUCUCCCGAUCUAAGGCAGUGAUGUCCUUACCAAAACAUUACCCCAAACUGGAAUUUCCUCGUUAAUGGUCCAAUGCAGGCUCGUAAGAAGUAUGUUUUGCUGGGAUUGUGUGCGUGCUGUUGGCUGCUCCUCUUCUAUUGGGGUGGAGGGGUACAGCUAAGGGUACUGCGGCUCUUAACGCGGCAUAGGGCGGAAGUUGUGCGGUUUUGGCCCAAUUGGACUGACCGCGCCUUCCUGCCAAGAUAUGCCCACCUGGAAGAACUCCAAACUGAUCCAGGGACCGCAGAGUCUCCUAGGCAACGCCGGCAAGCGUGGUCGGCGAUUUAUAAAGACAGUCGAUGCCGCAUGGAGACUUGCUUUGACUUUUCGAGGUGUAGACGAAGAGGGCGUGAAGGGUUCCGUGUGUAUAUUUAUCCAUCCGAGAAGAAUGAUCAUGUUUCGGAAAGCUACAGGAAAAUUUUGACGUCAAUCGCAGAGUCCAGAUAUUACACGACUGAUCCGCGAGAGGCUUGUCUGUUCGUACUCGGGAUAGACACUCUAGAUCGCGAUCAGCUUUCGGGACAGUUCGUGCAAAACGUUGACGACCGUAUCCGUGGUUAUCCGUUAUGGAAUGACGGUCGGAAUCACUUGAUAUUUAACUUAUAUUCCGGAACAUGGCCGAAUUACACAGAAGACCUCGGGUUCAACAUCGGACAAGCCAUGUUAGCAAAAGCAAGCCUCAAUACGGAACAUUUUAGACCUGGUUUUGACAUAUCUAUACCAUUGUUUUCCAAGGAUCACCCUCAAAAAGGCGGGGAGAGGGGUUGGCUUGUGCGAAAUACCGUUCCACCGAGACGAAAAUACCUGUUGAUGUUCAAAGGAAAGCGGUAUUUGACGGGAAUAGGAUCGGACACAAGGAACGCGCUCCAUCACAUACACAACGGGAAAGAUAUCGUUUCCCUGACAACCUGCAAACACGGGAAGGACUGGGAGAAGCACAAAGACGCUCGCUGUGACCAUGACAACCUGGAAUAUGAGAGGUUUGAUUAUCAGGAGCUGCUCCAUAACUCCACCUUCUGUCUGGUGCCGCGCGGCCGACGUCUGGGCUCCUUCCGCUUCUUGGAGUCUCUGCAGGCGGCGUGUGUCCCUGUGCUGCUAAGUAACGGCUGGGAGCUGCCCUUCUCUGAUGUGAUCCAGUGGAACCAGGCCGUCCUGGAGGGCGACGAGAGGCUCCUGCUGCAGGUCCCGUCCACUGUGCGCGCUGUGGGGAACGAGAGGAUCCUGGCCUUGAGACAGAGGACGCAGAUGCUGUGGGAGGCCUACUUCUCCUCUGUUGAUAAAAUUGUUCUCACAACACUCGAGAUCAUCAAGGAUCGCGUUUUCUCUCACGUUUCCCGGAACAAAUACAUGUGGAACUCUUUACCCGGAGGUCUGUUUGUCCUGCCUGAGUAUUCGACGCACCUGGCUCACUUCCCCUUCUACUACCUGGGCCUGGGAGUGAGUCCGGGUCAGGAGUUCACUGCGGUGAUCCACGCUGUCUCUCCUCUGGUGUCUCAGUCUCAGCCAAUCAUGAAGCUGCUGCAGGUCGUGUCCAAGUCCAAGUACUGCUCUCAGAUCAUCAUUUUGUGGAACAGCGAGAAGCCUCCUCCCAGUCGUAGUAAGUGGCCCCCGAUGCCAGUGCCCCUCACAGUGACAGACGGACGCAGGAAGACCACAAGUCGCUUCCUUCCUCACGUUUCUAUAGAGACGGAGGCGGUGCUCAGCCUGGACGAGGACACAGUGCUGCUGACCAGUGAGGUGAACUUUGCCUUCCUGGUUUGGAGGAGUUUCCCAGAGAGGAUUGUGGGAUAUCCCCCCCGGAGUCACUUCUGGGACCCAGUGAAACGGGUUUGGGGCUAUACCUCCAAAUGGACCAACGACUACUCUAUCAUCCUGACAGGAGCAGCCUUCUACCACCGAUACUACCACUUCCUGUUCUCUCACUACCUGCCCCAGUCGCUGCGCACCCUGGUGGACAGAACAGCGAACUGCGAGGACAUCCUGAUGAACUUCCUGGUGUCUGCUGUCACUCACCUGCCUCCGAUCAAAGUGGCCCAAAGGAAACAGUACAAGGAGCUGCCCAUUCCUCAGGGCACCAAAAGUGUCCCAUGGGCCAACCCUGAACAUUUCAACCAGCGUCAGGAGUGUGUGAACUCAUUUGCCAACUGGUUUGGCUACAUGCCGCUGGUCCACUCUCAGUUUCGCUUGGACCCAGUACUUUUCAAAGACCAAGUAUCUGUCCUCCGAAAGAAAUAUAAAGAUCUGGAGAAGGCGUGAAGACCCAGGAACAGCGCCCUCUAUAGUUUAGAGGCCUUCUAUUGCCCUGAAUCGGACAGUGAAUUGCUUUGUGUUGUGCAGGAGACAGACCCUGGCGGACUGUUCGGGACUGAAACAUACAGCGAAGCUUCUAACGAUUCUUCAAACUUCACAAAGAAAAUCAUGGAUAUUUCAGGACCCUUAAAUUGGACGUUUGAUUGGAAAAGGCGAGUUUCCAUUGAGCAAGAGAAAAAGGGACAAGUCUAAAGUGAAAGCUAUUGCAGUGACAAUACCAGAGGUGUUUUGUGACUGUUACCAUGGAGACAGGCCACUUCAAAAUGAUCAAAUUGUAAAAUGAAUAAAAGUUUAUAAAAGC